AUGAUUUUCCACAGAUUAAAAGGAGGAAUCAGCCCUAAUGGACAGGCACUAAGAGGAGAGCUAGCUCUAACUCUUGAGGUGAGUUUUUGGAGAGGUGGCCUGAAUAGUUCCGUUAUUCUUACCAGCCUCGACUACAAAAACUACACAGAAAAGCUGCUUUCUUAUCUAGAGCCAGUCCUCCUUAGCUCAAAGCGGAGCAGGUUUGUGAGGUGUUGGCACGCUAAGACAGAUGGCUGGGCGGCAUCAACAUUCCACACCAACUGCGAUGGGAGGGGACCCACAGUGACAAUCAUCAAAGCUAAUAACUCCAUCUUUGGUGGCUACAGUGACGUAUCAUGGAGCAGUACCUGUGGUUGGUCUUACGCCACCAAAGCCUUUUUAUUCUCAUUUAACAACGCCAAAGAAUACAAUCCUGUAAAACUGACACAAUACCGAUACCAGCAACACGCUAUAUACAGAUGUUCCUCCCACGGACCCCGUUUUGGUUGGGGACAUGACAUUUACGUAUCAAAUGAUGCAGGGAAAAACCAACAAUCUUAUACCAAAUGUGGCGGGACGUACUCCAACCCCUCUGGCUACUCGACUGGAAACUGCGCAUUUUUUACAGGAGCAUAUCAUUUUACUCCAUCUGACAUUCUCCNGCGGAGCAGGUUUGUGAGGUGUUGGCACGCUAAGACAGAUGGCUGGGCGGCAUCAACAUUCCACACCAACUGCGAUGGGAGGGGACCCACAGUGACAAUCAUCAAAGCUAAUAACUCCAUCUUUGGUGGCUACAGUGACGUAUCAUGGAGCAGUACCUGUGGUUGGUCUUACGCCACCAAAGCCUUUUUAUUCUCAUUUAACAACGCCAAAGAAUACAAUCCUGUAAAACUGACACAAUACCGAUACCAGCAACACGCUAUAUACAGAUGUUCCUCCCACGGACCCCGUUUUGGUUGGGGACAUGACAUUUACGUAUCAAAUGAUGCAGGGAAAAACCAACAAUCUUAUACCAAAUGUGGCGGGACGUACUCCAACCCCUCUGGCUACUCGACUGGAAACUGCGCAUUUUUUACAGGAGCAUAUCAUUUUACUCCAUCUGACAUAGAGGUUUUCUUCGAAAUAGGUGGUCUUGGUACAUCUAAUAUUCUUGGAAGCCUGGAUCCCAACAUGUACUUGGGAAAGCUGAUUUCGUUUUUAGACCCAGUUCUUCCAAGUAUAUCCCGUACCGACUUUGCGAGGUGUUGGCACGCUAAGACAGACGGCUGGGCGGCAUCGACAUUCCACAGCAACUGCGAUGGGAGGGGACCCACAGUGACAAUCAUCAAAGUGAACGACUACAUCUUUGGUGGAUAUUCUGACGUGUCUUGGGGCGGAGCUGGUUCUUGUGCAGGUUGUUCUUACGACAGUAAAGCAUUCAUCUUCUCUCUAUAUAACGUCAAAGGAUACAAUCCCGUGAAGCUGACACAAUACCAAAACCAGCACUGCGCCGUGUACAGAUGUUCCUCUUACGGACCCAUUUUUGGUGCUGGAUGUGAUAUUUUGAUAUACAAUAAUGCUAACCGUAAUCAAUACUCUUAUACCGAAUGCGGCAUGACGUACUCCAACCCUCCGGGCUAUUCGACGAGUGAACAAUGUGGAUUUUUCACAGGAGGUCGCCGUUUUACUCCAUCUGACAUUGAGGUCUUCUUUGAAAUAGGUGGCCUUGGUACAUCUAAUAUUCUUGGAAGUCAGGACCCCAACAAAUACUUGGGAAAGCUGAUUUCAUAUUUAGACCCAGUUCUUCUCAGUGCAUCCCGUACUGACUUUUUGAGGUGUUGGCACGCUAAGACUGACGGCUGGGCCGCAUCGACAUUCCAUAGAAACUGCGAUGGGAGGGGACCCACAGUGACAAUCAUCAAAGUGAACGACUACAUCUUUGGUGGAUAUACUGACGUGUCCUGGAGGUCGCCAAGUGGCCUCGGUACAUUUAAUAUUCUUGGAAGUCUGGACCCCAACAAAUACUUGGGAAAACUGAUUUCAUAUUUAAACCCAGUUCUUCCCAGUGCAUCCCGUACUGACUUUUUGAGGUGUUGGCACGCUAAGACUGACGGCUGGUUAGCUUCGACAUUCCACAGCAACUGUGACGGUAGUUGA